UGCUGUUAGAGUUACAGCCCAUGACCUGAGGUGAUGAGAAGGUUUUUGUUACUGUAUGCUACACAGCGAGGACAGGCGAAGGCCAUAGCAGAAGAAAUUAGUGAGCAGGCUGUGUCACAUGGGUUUUCUGCAGACCUUCACUGUAUCAGUGAGUCAGAAAAGUAUGAUCUGAAAACUGAAACUGCUCCUCUGGUAAUGGUUGUGUCCACCACGGGGACUGGAGAUCCACCCGACACAGCCCUCAAGUUUGUUAAAGAAAUACACAACAAGACCCUACCCACAGACUUCUUUGCUCACCUGCGGUAUGGAUUACUGGGUUUGGGUGACUCAGAAUACACAUACUUCUGCAAUGGAGGGAAAGUCAUCGAUAAACGACUCCAGGAGCUUGGAGCCCAGCAUUUCUAUGGCACUGGACAUGCCGACGACUGUGUAGGUUUAGAGCUCGUGGUAGAGCCAUGGAUUGCUGGACUCUGGGCCGCCCUCACAAAACACUUUAAGUCACUCGGAGGACAAGAAGGAAUGAGUGACAUGCUCCCACCGGCAUCAGAUGCCCCCUUGAACACCGACGUGAAGCCAGAGCUGUUACACAUCCAGUCACAAGUUGAACUUCUGAGAUUAGAGGAUGCGGGAAAGAAGGAUUCUGAGGUUUGGGAACAAAAUGUAUCUAACAGGAGUCAGAGGAGUGAGUUGAUUGAAGACUUUGAGUCCUCGCUUGUCCACUCAGUUCCUCCACUCUCACAGACCUCUCUCAGUAUUCCUGCUUUGCCACCAGAAUAUUUGGAGGUUCAUCUUCAGGAGCCUCUUGGCCAGGAGGAAUGCCAGACAUCUGUAACUUCAGUAGAUCCAGUCUUUCAAGUUCCAAUUUCAAAAGCUGUUCAGCUGACUACAAAUGACGCUGUAAAGACCACGCUGAUGUUGGAAUUGGACAUUUCAAAAAUCAAGUUUUCCCAUCAGCCUGGAGAUUCCUUCAAUGUGAUCUGUCCAAACAGUGACUCUGAGGUAGAAGCCCUGCUUCAAAGGCUGCAGCUGGCUGAUAAACGAGCAUACCGUGUCAUCCUGAAAAUUAAGGCAGACACUAAGAAGAAAGGAGCUGCUAUGCCCCAGCACGUGCCCGAAGGCUGCUCUCUCCAGUUCCUCCUCACCUGGUGUCUGGAGAUACGGACAGUUCCCAAAAAGGCUCUUUUGCGCGCCCUGGUGGACUAUGCCAGCGACACUGCGGAAAAGCGGAGGCUGCAGGAGCUGUGCAGUAAACAGGGGGCAGCAGAUUACAACUGCUUCGUCCGGGACGCCAGUGCCUGCCUGCUGGACCUCCUCCUCGCCUUCCCGUCCUGCCGUCCUCCACUCAGCCUCCUGCUCGAACACCUUCCCAAACUCCAGCCUCGACCAUACUCAUGUGCAAGCUCGAGCCUACUCCAUCCAGACAAGCUUCAUUUUGUGUUCAACAUCAUAGAGUGUCCGUCUAACACCACAGCGGGCACACUGCGGAAGGGGGUGUGCACAGGCUGGUUGGCCACAUUGGUCGCUCCGUUUCUUCAGCCAAACACAGAAGCUUUGCAGACAGACAGUCCUGAUGCCCUGGCUCCUAAGAUAUCCAUCUCUCCUCGAGCAGCACAUGCUUUCCACUUACCAGAUGACCCUUCAGCCCCCAUCAUAAUGGUGGGUCCAGGAACUGGCGUGGCCCCCUUCCUUGGCUUCCUCCAGCACCGAGAGAAACUCCAAGAACAACACCCACAUGGAAAUUUUGGAGCCAUGUGGCUGUUUUUUGGCUGCAGACAUAAGGACAGAGACUAUUUGUUCAGAGAGGAGCUCAGGCGUUUCCUCAAGAUUGGGAUCUUGACUCACCUGAAGGUCUCCUUCUCAAGAGAUGCCCCAGCGGAGGGGGAGGAAGCCCCAGCAAAGUAUGUGCAAGACAAUCUGCAGUGCCACAGCCGGCAGGUGGCCAGGAUCCUCCUCCAGGAGAACGGCUACAUUUAUGUUUGUGGAGAUGCCAAGAAUAUGGCUAAAGAUGUGAAUGACACCCUUGUAGACAUCAUAAGCAAAGAGUCUGGAGUUAACAAACUGGAAGCCCUGAAAACACUGGCAACCUUAAGGCAAGAGAGACGGUACCUUCAGGACAUUUGGUCAUAAAACUUAAAACGCCAAAGGCAGCUUCACCAAAGCUGAGUUUCUUGGAGGAGGUUGGGUGAGGAACAGAUAACUUACAGGUCCCCUGCAGCCUCAUAGGUGGUCUCCCACUCCUCAUCUGUGGCCCCACCCAACGCCCUACCUGUGAGGAGGUGGAGAGGCAGCCCCCCCCCCCCCACGACAGGUAGUGGAAGGCUCUCCUUAGCCUGUGCACAUACAUCAUGGGAAACUGUGGGCAUGUUACCUUUCUAUGAAGUAUACACAAAGAAUAUUCAUACUGGUAAUAUUUAAAUUAGUUGAUGUAAAGCAUACUUUUUGGAUAUUUAUAUAAUUAUUUGAUUGUGGUUUAUUAUCAAAAUUAUAUUUCUGAUAAAGUAUUUUAAUUUUAAAGUAAUCCUUAUAAGGGUUUUUAUGCUACAAGAUAUAUUUUGAGAUAUAUUUGAAGUUCUACUCUGCCGUUUUCAUCAUGAUUAUUUGCAGUGUCACAAUUCUGUAGCUUAGGGACAUUUGCAUCCCACAUACAGACAUCAUGUGCUCAUGUCAGUCAUGUUGCAACCACAGACUCUUUCAUCUCUGCUCCUCACAAAUAGAGUUGGCUUCUUCCCAAAACUGACUAUUUCUGUGAUACCAUGCAGAUUGUAUCCUAGCCUUAAAAUACUCCAGCUAGAUUCUGAUUCCAACUUCUCUUGAAAGUUAUGAAAAUAAAGCAUACAGAGGGC